CAAGGCUGGAGAAUUUACACGUUUUGCAUCAGCGUGUCGAGAAAAAUACAUCAAGAAUGGGUUUUGGUGACUUAAAAUCAAAAGAUGGUCUUUCAUCUUUGAACACAUUUUUUGCUGAUAGAAGUUACAUUGAUGGUUAUUCACCAUCAGCUGCUGAUGCUGUUGUAUUCGAGGCCUUAGCUUCUGCUCCUGCUUCCAACUACCCACAUGCAUUAAGAUGGUACAAUCAUAUCAAAUCAUAUGGCGAUCUGAGGAAAAGUUUUCCCGGUACUCGUAAACCAGUUACUUCCUAUGGUAAUUCAACAGCGCCAGCUGCCGAUGGUGAUGAUGAUGAUGACGAUUUCGAUCUUUUUGGAGGUGAUGAUGAUGGAGAAGAUGCAGAAGCAGCCUUAGAGGAAUUGAAAAAGAAACGAGUUGCAGAAUAUGAAGCUAGAAAAGCUAAAAAGCCAACUGUUAUAGCUAAAAGUAGUAUAAUAUUAGAAGUAAAACCAUGGGAUGAUGAAACCGAUAUGAAAGAAGUUGAGAAGAAUGUAAGGAGUAUUGAAGCUGAUGGACUGAGAUGGGCUGCUUCCAAGUUAGUACCUGUUGGAUAUGGUAUUAAUAAAUUACAGAUUAACUGUGUAGUAGAGGAUGAUAAGAUUGGCACAGAUUUUUUAGAAGAAGAAAUCACUAAAUUUGAAGAUUUGGUUCAAUCUGUUGAUAUUGCUGGCUUUAAUAAAAUCUAAACCCAUUCUUUCACAAUAUUGUUCAUCACUAAAAAUACAUAUAGUCAAAAUGUUAAUGCACAUCCUGAUGGGAUUGAUAAAAAUGAAUAAUCCAUUUGGUUAUGAACACAGUAUAAGUGUGGUUUAUAUAAGUUCAGUACUAAUUUUAUCAGUUACCAACUAGUUUAAUUGCAGAAACCACAGACUAUCAUUGGAAUUAAAAUGAUAUAAAGUG